AUAAUAUGAAUGAUAAGAUAACAAGCAACGUUCUAUAACGUUUUAAGAUAAAUGCUCAUCAGGUGUGUGCAACAAUGUGGUGCUGCAAUAUUUUCAGUAUAUUUGUCUCGAUAUCCCUUUUUGGAACCUCGUGUUCCAGUCAAGACAUUAUUGAUUACUCAAAAAUAUGUUCAACAUCGCCUGGUAGUGCUAGUUGCCAACUAAUAGGCAGAAGUCAAGAAGUAGCAUGUAAUGGCAAUCAACAUGGCGUCGACUGUCUUUUAAAUAUUCAAAAGAACGAAACUCACCUUGGUAAAAUCACAGGUGAUGAAGCUUUGUUAGCUGCAGGAGUUGAUUUAUCCGAAGAUGUAGUUGUUUUGGGAAAAAUUACUAGUCAUCAUCCCCCCUCCGAAACUGUAGUUAUUGUUAACAACGACAUUGCUUGGAAUUUUGUGAGUUUGGAAGGCAAAACUCUAUGUCAUCCAGGUUAUAACCACGAUUCGACUUUCUCCUACUUUAUGUUACAAGAGCUGGAAAACAAAAUAAUUGAAUCAAAAUCUCCCAACUGUGACAAUAUCACUUUGCUGGAAAGACACAUAAAACAACUCAGUGAAUUUUUUGGUCCUUCGUGCAGACCAGGACCUUGGACUCAGAACGACAAAUUUGAUAAAACGCUAAAGACGAAAUAUUCUUCGUUAUGCAAGCUUUGUACCAACGAACAUUGCAACGAGAAUUAUCCACAACCAUUCAACGACUCACUCAAGUGCUUACUCAGAAAAAAUGCAGAUGUGGCCGUUACAACGUUGCAAGAGGCACAAUUAUUUUUCCAAAAUGUUGCUAAUAGCAAUAGAUAUAAAUAUAUGUGCAAAGAUGGCAGUGUUAAGUCGUCCUCAACUCCUUGUUCUUGGACCAAAACACUUCCAGACCUUGUAGUUGCACACAGGAGUGUGGUUGGACAAAUGAAAAACUUUCUACAGAAGAAUUUAGGCUCUCACAUAAAUUACAACUUAACGCUAACGAGAGACACGUCGAAUAAUAAAUACGAAGAACCUUUAGUCGAUUUGUUGGAGCUACAGCAGCGAAAAAUAACAUUCUUAGAAAAUAAUGGCGAUUUUUUAAGUUUGAAAAAAUUUGUUAAUGACUAUACCACAGUUCCAAACCCAGAAACGUCCAAACAAUGUGAUCGCACUUUAAGGUGGUGCACUUAUUCCGACUUGGAAACAAAAAAAUGCAAAUGGUUGAGGCAAGCUGCUGUCAACUGGGGAAUUCAACCAGUUGUUGAAUGUGUUCAGAGUGAAGGCGAUGACGAAUUGUCGUGUUUGGAUGACCUUAAAAAAGGAAGUGCUGAUAUCGUUGUGGCUUCCUCUAACUAUGCUUACAUAUCGUUGAAGAAAGAACUGACAAGUAUAGCGUUCCCAGAAACAGACACGAGAUAUUUAUCGCAAAUUUUUGUCGUUAAAAGAGCUGAUGACAGUUCAAUCAAAUCGUUUAGUGACUUGAAGGGCAAAUCGGCUUGCAUACCUCAGUUUGGAGGAAAAGAACACUUGUCAUUGAUUGAUACAACACGAAGACUUGGAAUUACUGACGAUACACAGUGUGAUUACGGAAAACUAUUGAAUGAUUUUAUUGGUGACUCGUGUGUCCCUGGCGUACGAUCGUCACUCAUAAAGGACUCAACAGAUCUCGUUGAUAAGGAUAAAAUGUGUAGGCGUUGCAAAGCCAUAAACCAAACCAAAACUGCUGAAUAUUGCAAUGCUGACGUGAUUAAUGCAUAUUUUGCCAGCCAAGGUGCCGUCAAUUGUCUCUUGAAUAAUGAUGGAGAUUUUGCAGUUGUUUCGAAAAAAGAUGUAUUGAAUGAUACAAGUCUCACAGCUUUGUGUAAAAAUGACUCUUUGGCAUCAAUGAAUGGUUUAUUAAACGUCAACACUGACUGCGCAUUGUUCGUACUUGCGAGCAGUGAAGUUGUUUUAAAAAACGAUAGCAGUAAAAAAAGUGACAUACAAUUGGCCCUCUACGAAUUUGAAAAAUGGUUUGGUCAAAAAUUAAGGAAGCCGUUCCAUUUGUUCGACAAAUUUGAUAAUGAACCAGACCUAUUGUUUCUGGAUUCCACUCCUGGAUUAAACUUUGAGGGAAAUUUGCCAUAUAUGGAAGAAUACCAAAGGUUACUAAAUAACGUGCUUGAUUGUAAUACAAGUGGCUCAGCAAGCGUGAUAUCAUCAAUGUCUUUUAUUAUUAGUUUCGUUUUAUUGACUUUGUGUUUCACUUUUUAGUUAGAAGAAAAUGUAUAACGACUCUGCUUCGAAAUUCUGUGCUUAAUAACUAUAUUUUGCAUGAACUGACAUAACGUUGUUAAAGUCGUUUUUAAUUUUCAUACUUUUUAAUAAAAUUACGAUAUUUUGCUAUAA